AUGUCCACACAACCACUCCUAGGUCAGCAUACGGAGAACGGUACAGAACCAAGGCCCAAGCGAAGAAAGUUUCCUCGCCGGUUCCUCUCGUCGCUUUUGACAGCACAAGAUGGCAUUGAGAUCAUGCUGCAAUGCGAGGAUGGCGAGUUGCGAGACGAGCUAACAAAAAGAUGGCGCGACCACAAGUUGGAGGAGCUCAACUUUGUUGGCACCGUGGGAGCCCUGCUUGCUAGCUGCCUCAGCUCAACAAGCGCCUGGCCCAACGUUCUCAACAACGGUCGCGACAAGCCGUGGACCGUCCGAGCGCUAUGGUUCAGUGGGCUUGUCUUUGCCCUGUUCUCGGUUCUAGUCGCAGGUCUACAGAGCAUGCGCCUGCACCGGUUGUCGGCUCACCGAGACGGACUGCGCAAGAUUCGUGCCGGUCUCUGCGGUUCCAAGCCAGGGGGGGUCCGUAGACCGGGGCGAGCCCAAGUGUACUCAUGGGAGGCGAGCCCGAUCUUCCUGCUUUUGAGCGUCGCACUCAUGGUCAUUGGCAUCGCCGUCCUGGUGUGGGUGAGUGCGGCUUACGGACCGAACAAGCCUGAACACGGUAUCUGGUGGGAUGAAAACGCCAAGAUGGCCGUCACAUUUACUGUCGUGCUCUGUUUUGCUGUAUCCGUUUUGCUCGCCUCUCAGGCAGCCUUAUCGGAUUCGGAGUCGAAGGAUGCGGAGUUGGAUGAGUAA